CAAGUGUUUUCUUUGGUUUGGCUUCGUUUGCCGUUUUAUUCGUUCGACGUGCGCGAUAGCGAACGGUUGUUGCUUUGUCUUUGUCUUGCGCCUUUUUGUAUCUGACGGAUACGCGAGUCUCGCGAACGCGCUCUCAAUUUAUCUCUGUGUGUCUGUGUGUGCGUGUGAAGAAAGAGCAAUAUUUAUAUAAAAAAAAAAACGAAGAAAUAAAUAUAUAUAAAAAAAAAAUGUUGUUGGUGGCGAAAUAACGAAAUAACGCCAACAACAAUUGUCGAUGAAACAGCAGCAACAGCAGCAACCACCGCAUAAGAAAUAGUUUUUCCAGUGCAAAAAACCAAAUGCUCAUUAUAUAAAUCAUCAUCAAAAUUGUGUUAAAUAUAUCAUCUUAUACGAAGCACAUGCAAAUGCGUCAAGUGCUUGGCAGAUUUCAAACUCAACUCUGUGUGGAUAGCAGCAACAUUAACGACUUUUCUUGGAGCCAACAAUAAGCCAUGUGCCUGCUGCCAUAAACAAAGUCACGCUUCCUAAUUGAAAAGUGCCAGCUAAAUGGACGCGUAGCACACCAAGCUAGAGUGAGAGAGUGCGUGAUAGAGAGAGAGAGAGAGAGAGAAAACAAGACGCAGUGCAGUUUGGUUUGGACAACAAGAGAGCGAGCAGUCACAGAAGACACACACACACACACACACACGACGAAGCGUAGUAACCAAAACAGAGGCCAAAAUGUGCAGCUCUACAAAAAUGGUUUACAGUUAUAGAAUUUUAUGGCUUUCCGGCGUUUUACUAGCUCACCUUUUGCUGGUGGCGAUAACGGCACAGGAGCCAGCCAGUCCAGUAUUUCAAAAUCACAAGACGAAGGAAUGGACGAAUUUAGAUAAUAUAACAUUUUCCUUCGAUUGCAAGCGGCGUUCCGUGGGAUUUUAUGCGGAUAUGGAGUACAAUUGCCAGAUAUUUCAUAUGUGCGAUGAGGAGGGCAAUCGAAUACCACAUUUGUGCGCCAACGAGACGAGCUUUAAUCAGGAAUACAGAAUAUGUGAUUGGGAUUAUAAUUUUAACUGCACAGAGUCACCGAAAUGGUUCUAUCUGAAUGAGUUAACGUACGCCACAGAUCCGCCAGACGAAGAUGAAGAUGACUACUAAAUGCAAUUAACUAAAUAUUUAUUGUCUUUGAGGAGCAAAAACAAACUAAAUUAAAUGCCGCAUAACUGAAAAAAAAUUGAAUGAUAUAAAAGCGAAAAAAACCUAAAUGGAGAGUAAAUUUCCAUGAAAAUGUUAACUAAUUUAAGAAAUUUGUUGACAAUUUUUGUUGAGUUUCGUUUUUGUACAAUUGUAUGUAGUCUAAUUUUGAGUACUGUAUUGAAUGAGAGUCGUGUAAAUAAUGUAAAUAGAAGGCCAGUAACUAAUAACAACUUUAACAACAUCAACAACAACUACAACAAUUCAAGGCCG